ACUAAGCUGAAAAGAAACUAAAUGAAUAAUUUACAGAAGUGUUUUAUUAAACUAUAAAAAACUGAAUUCAACUAAGUCUGAGACAGACCAAGGGUAUUUUAAAGCUUACUGUACAAUUAUUUCAAAGAUUUUUUUUUCUGACUACUGAUGAAAUGAGACCAAAAAUAAAAUAAUAAACCAGCAAAAUAAUCAUGUUCACAGCACAAAUGCCAUAAUGACUUCAUCACGUGUAGCUGUGACUGGUUACCUAAUUGUUGUCAAGGUGGAUGUGGUACAAAUUUAACAAGAGAGAAUUUUCUAUGCAAAAUCAUGAAUAAUAAUAUUGUAACUUUAAACUAAUAUCAGUGAACUAUAAUAAUGAUUUCUUUAUUUUCUUUUUAUUGCUUGUCUAUAAAUGUGCCAUGUCUAUAUCUUUGUAUACCAGAUCAUUGCACCCUCUGCUCCAAGUUAUCUUUUAACUAAAUGUUUUGGCAGUAACUGUCAAGGUUUGUAUUUGUUUAUUUAUUGAUCUACUUAUUUUUUACUCAUCUUUUAGAUUGUGUUGUCCUCUACCACUUCUUCCAGCUGAAGAGUGAUCACCAGUACCUUUCUUAAGUUUCGAAACAUCACAAUGCCAAAAAAAGGAAAGAGGAGUGAAUCUCAGAAACAGCGCAGAAAACGAGAAGCUUCAUUUGGCACCAGUAGCAGUGCCAGCUCUGUAUCAGGUAAGAAUGAUGCAUACGUUAUGUCUGUUACAGCAUCCCACUGCCAAAACGAUGACAGGUACAGUAGUUACUCUAGAAACCGCCAGUGUACUUGCAAUUCAUUGAUGUUCCUAGCAGUCCACAAUGAACGGAAUGAGCUAAAGAGUUUUGACUUAGACUGGAUUUUACAGAGAGGCGAUGCAGUUUACACUGUUGUCAAACAAUCGCUCCAAACCAAAGGCCAGUUUGUCGAUAGUUUUUUAAACUUUGAUGAGCUACCAAACUCAAUGCAGACAAAUGCUCACCAGUAUGACAUUCUUAAACAUCCUCAAAGAUCUGGGCUUCUAAAGGAUACACCUGCCCUAGAUGAGUAUGAAAAUCUUGAGAAUACACUGCAGUGUCUUAAAAAUGAUGCGACUCAUGCAUUGCUGCUGUGUGGAGGAUUGUGUAUCGCUGUAUUCAGAGAUCGCUCAGGGAGGUUUGGCUACUUUGAUUCUCACUGCAGAAAACCAGAUGGCAUGUAUACAGGUGAAAGAACAGGGACAGCCGUGAUGUUGACGUUUUUCCAUUUAAAAGACAUGGUAGAGAGACUACUUCUUUUGUUUCAAGGGUGCUUCCAGUUUAGUGAUCAAGAACAAUUUGAUCUUUUACCAGUGUCAUUCAUUGAAGUUACAGAAACUGAUGUGCAUUCAGAAGUCCCAAUGAAGUGCCGUGUGCUUGAACGUGAAGGAAUACCAUGCGUUUCUUUUGAGAAGGCUCCAAAUCAUCAUUCACAAUCUACAAUUAAGCAGAUAAAAACAUUCAAUAAGACUCAAAAUAAUUUUCUAUCAGUUGCAGCAUCCCACUGUCAAAGUGAUGUCAGGUACAACAGUAACUCCAGAAACCGGCAGUGUACGUGCAAUGCCUUAAUGUUCCUAGCAGUCCACAAUGAAAGUAAUCAGCUACAGAGUGCUGAUCUAGAUUGUGUCUUACAGAAAGGUGAUGCAGUUUAUAGUAGUGUCAAACGAUCUCUCCAGAACAAAGGCCAGUUUGUACAUGAUUUUUUAAAUUUUGAUGAGCUACCGAGCACAAUUGAGACAAACUCCCGAUGUUACAACAUUGUAAAACAUCCUCAGAGGUUUGGUUUUCUGAAAGAUACACCUGCUCUAGGAGAGUAUCAAAAUCUUGAGAAUACACUGCAGUGUCUUAAAAGUGGUUUAACUGAUGCAUUGCUGCUCUGUGGAGGCUCAUGCAUUGCUGUUUUUAGAGAUCGCACAGGGAGGUUUGGCUAUUUUGAUUCUCACAGUAGAACACCAGAUGGCAAGUAUACUGGUGAAAAAUCAGGCACAGCCGUGAUGUUGACCUUUCUUCAUUUAAAAGCCAUGGUAGAGAAACUACUUCAGUUGUUUCAGGGGUGUUUGCAGUUGAGUGAUCAAGAACAGUUUGAUCUUUUACCUGUGUCGUUCAUUGAAAUUACUGGAAAUUAUUUCCACACGGAAGUCUCAGAGGAGUGCCAUGAGCCUGAAGAUGAUGUAGCUAAUGAACUGUCCCAUUCAACUUAUCAAGAUAAAAUUAAUGUUGUAACUACCUUCACUAACAAUCAGGGCAGAUUAAAACCCAACGUAUUAAGUGAGUUUUCUCAUGACAUCUCGUCAACUUGUCAGUUGGCUUUGUCAGCUUCAAAUCAAAUACAUUCACCGUUGACAUUUGAGAAACCAAAAAAACUGAAUAAAGCUCAAAGGCGAAAGUUUUAUUGCAACAAAAGGCGCAAAAUAAUGGCUCAGAGACAAGAUAAUUAUACAAAAAUACAGAAUGCAAGUAAGGAUUACGUGUAUAAAACAAGUAGUGAAUACAGACAAAAACAUAAACAAGCCAUGAAAAACAGCUAUUGGAACAACAUGAUUUACAGAGAGCAGCACAAAAAAGCUAUGAAAAGCAACUAUGAAAUUAAUGAAAAUAGAGAGAGAAAAAAAAGUAAUGCAAUUAGCAAGUACAGGAAUGAUGAACAAUACAGAAAUAGGAAAAAAAGUAAAAUAAUGUUAAAUUACAUAAAUAAUGAACAAUUUAGAAAGAGACAAAGGAAUUAUAUAAUUCAAAAGUACAGGACAAAUUAUCAAUUCAGGGAGAGACAAAAGUAUUAUAUAAUUCAAAAAUACAGGACUGAUGAUCAAUUCAGGGAAAGACAAAAGCAUUCUAUAAUUCAAAAAUACAGGACUGAUGAUCAAUUCAGGGAGAGACAAAAGCAUUCUAUAAUUCAAAAAUAUAGGACUGAUGAUCAAUUCAGGGAGAGACAAAAGUAUUCUAUAAUUCAAAAAUAUAGGACUGAUGAUCAAUUCAGGGAGAGACAAAAGUAUUCUAUAAUUCAAAAAUACAGGACUGAUGAUCAAUUCAGGGAGAGACAAAAGCACUAUAUAAUUCAAAAAUACAGGACUGACGAUCAAUUCAGGGAGAGACAAAAGCACUAUAUCAUUCAAAAAUACAGGACUGACGAUCAAUUCAGGGAGAGACAAAAGCACUAUAUAAAGGAAAAUUAUAGAAACAAUGCCAAAUAUAAGGAACAACACAUGCAAUAUCUUGUUAAUAGAUAUUUAAAUUAUCCAGAUUUUAGGCAAAGGCAAAGGGAACAUUAUAGAAACAGAUGCAAAAAUGAUCCUCUUUUUUAUGAAAAAAGAAAAAAACAAUUUAAGCAACGUUAUCAAUGUGAUGCACAGUUUAGGGCUCGCCAGAACAAUUAUAAUUUAUUCAAAUCUAAAAAUUUGAAAAAAAAUGAAAAAAUGUCUAAACUUAAGGCUCUUCACAAAGUGCACUGCGCACAGGGCAUACAAUGUAAAUACAAAAAAAUGUUUCUGAUACGCCAGCAAACAGAAAUGUUACAAAAUAUUCAGCCUGACAUAGAUCCAGUCAUGGUAACUGCCUUAAAUAUGUUCAGAGAUGUUAUAAAACAGGGUCCAACUUAUGUCUGCACAUGCUGUGCCAGAGCACUCUUCUUAAAUCAAGUACGUAGAUGUGAUCGAGAGAAGUAUCAAAAGAAUCCAGAACUGGUUUCACUUUGUUUGACUGCGAACUAUGUACACAACAGCUCCAACUGUUCAGAUCAAUGUAACUUGGAAGACAUGACAACAGAGUGGAUCUGUCAUUGCUGUAAUACGACCCUUUUGACAGGUCAAAUGCCAGAUAUUGCUGUAGUCAACAAGCUUCAGUUUUUUCCCAUUCCCUCAGAACUUUGUAAUUUGAAUAUCCUAGAAAGACAUGUUAUUGCAAAAUACAUUCCAUUUGCUAAAAUUUUAACUCUUCCUAAAGGUCAACAGAGAGCUAUUAAAGGAGCUGUAAUUUCUGUUCCAUCUGAAGUAGAAACAACAGUGAAUAGUUUACCUAGACCAAGAAAUGAAUCACAGCUGCUAACAGUGAAACUGAAAAGACGUCUAUGCUACCAGGGUCACUAUCAGUUUCAGACUUUAAACAUGCAUAAAGUUUUGUCUGCUUUAAAAAAACUGAAAGAAGUCCAUUCAGAAUAUAAAAAUAUAUGCAUUAAUGCAGCACUUUUUGAAGAAGAAAUGUUUAGUGAGCAUGAAGAGGAUGAAAUGAAUAUUGAAGAUGGCAGCCAAAAUGAGAACAUUGAAGAACAGAGCAAUGAGAAUGUGCAAAAUGAUGACACUGAGACCACUGCAGAAGAACAAUCAAGAGGUCUUGCUUUGGAUACAUGUCUUCAACCUCCAGAUCUUGCUCAGCAGCUAUUGUCCUAUGAUGAUGGGAUAUUUUGUAUUGCCCCAGCUCAAGGAAACACACCUGUAAGCAUUUUUAAAGUACCUAAACUCGAAUCCAUGGCAUUUCCAGUGCAGUUUCCAGACGGAAAGAACACCUUUGAUGAGCCUCAUAGAGCCAAACAUAUUUCCCCUAGCAGGUAUUUUAAUUCUAGACUGUUCUCUAUAGACAAUCGUUGUGCAAGAGAUACUAACUAUAUCUUCUUUGCACAAUUUGUGACCGAAAUGCACAUGGCCACAUCUAGUAUGUCUAUCCAGCUGAGGAAAGCAAAACCCAUGACCCGUGAUGGACGAAGAAUAAACUGUUCACUGCUGCAGGACAAACGGGAGUUAGAAAAACUUGUAUUAAAUAAGGAAGCAACACGUUUUAUGCAGCCAUUAAGAGGGACUCCAGCGUACUGGGAGAAAACUCUUCGUGAUUUGUUUGCUAUGCUUAGGCAGCUGGGCACUCCAACAUUUUUCUGUACAUUUAGUGCUGCUGAAAUGAGAUGGCCUGAAGUGAUUACUGCCAUUAAAACACAACAGCGUGAAACUGUAAACUUUGCUGAUUUAGACUGGUCAGAAAAAUGUGAAAUCUUGAAAAGCAACCCAGUAACAGCUAUGAGAAUGUUUGAAAAACGCGUUGAGGCCUUAAUGAGAGAUUUAAUCAUGUCACCUGCUCAACCUGUUGGUGAGGUUAUUGACUUUUUUUACAGAGUAGAGUUUCAACUUCGUGGCUCUCCGCACAUUCAUUGUUUAUUUUGGGUAAAAGAUGCUCCAGAGUUUGAACAUGAUCAAGAUCAGGUGGUUUGUGAUUUCAUAGAUAAAUACAUUUCAUGCAAAUUACCAGAUGUAAUCAAAGACCCAGAAUUGCAUAGAAUUGUAAGUGAGGUGCAGAUGCACAGCCGUAACCACUCCAAAUCUUGCAGAAAGAACAAUAAGCAUUGCCGAUUUGGAUUUCCUAAACCACCAAUUAAUAGGACUAUGAUAACUCGUCCCAGACCUCCUCCAGAAAAUCAAUCAAAUGAACAAGGUGAAUCAACAGAGGAAAAUCAUCCUUUUAAUGCUAAAAAUGCUAAAGCUGAGCUUCAGAAAGUGUGGGAUCUACUGAAUGACUCAACUAAGAGUUUUGAUAACGUAACAGAUUUACUUAAUCAAGUAAACAUGACUUAUGAGGAUUAUGAGAAUCACAUUGACGCUCUUUCUAAAUCAAGUGUAAUAGUUAUGGAGAGACGACCACAGGACUGCUGGGUUAACGGCUAUAAUCCACUACUAUUAAGAGCCUGGAAUGCAAAUAUGGAUAUACAAUUCAUUCUGAACCCCUACAGCUGCAUCAUGUACAUGCUGUCAUACAUUUCAAAAGCUGAACAUGAGAUGAGCGAUUACUUAAAAACUGUUAUAAGAGGGUCGAGCCAUGAUGACUUGUCUGACCGUGAAUGCAUGAAAAAGGUCAUGAAUGCCUAUUCAAAGAACAGAGAAGUCAGUGCUCAAGAGGCCGUUGCUCGCACAUGCAGCCUGAAGUUGAAAUCAUCAUCACGUGCUGUCAUAUUCAUUCCAACGGAUGACAAUGCUGUAAAAAUGAGUUUACCCAUGAAAUACUUGCAGAAUAUGGAUGAUGAUGUAGAGAAUGUCUGGAUGACUGGACUGCCAGACAAGUACAAGGCCAGACCAAACAGACCUGAAUUCGAGAACAUGUGCAUGGCUGAAUUUGCCAGUGAGUACCGCAUUGUUUAUGCAGGACAAACAAAGCGAAAAAAUGUUUUGCCACUUCAAAAUAAAUUGGGACACAUACAGAAAAGGACAAGGGGAAAGCCUGCUGUUAUUAGAUUUGCUCGAUUUUCAGAGAAAAAAGAUCCAGAAAAAUUCUAUGGAACUCUGCUAAAACUCUACUUGCCAUAUCGUACAGAUAGCCAGUUGAAAUGUGCACGAUUCCCAACAUAUCAAACCUUUUAUGCAUUAGCUUCAGUAAAACUACCAGGAAGUGAUGAAGUGCAGCGUGUUUACAACAUUGUAAGUGAAAAUCGUGAAAAAUAUGAAAAACAUAAUGAGGAUAUAGAAAGGGCAAUUGAAGAUUUUGAAAAGAAUGGUCCAAUUGAAGAUGCAUGGACUACAUUGGCACCGACAAAUGAACUGAUACGAUUGGAAAGCAUUAUGGAGCGAGAACCUAUUGAUCCUAAUGAAGUUAAUGAACAAGAUGACAUUCCUGAAUACACUGCAUCCAGCGCUGUCAGUAACACAGCUAUGCUGCUUAUGGAGGCUGCCAAACUAAAUACUGCACAGAUUCGCAAAAUGUAUCAGAGCUUGAACCAAACACAAGCUUCCAUAUUUUAUGCUGUGCGGGACUGGUGCAAAAGAUGCGUUUCCGGUGAAAAACCACAACAGUUUCUCUACUUUCUUAAUGGAGGAGCCGGUGUGGGCAAAUCACAUGUUGUUAAAUCUAUUUAUGCAGAAGCAUCCAAAAUACUGCGUAGGCUUCCAUGUAUGCAAGAGAAUACUGACAUUUCCAAAACUACUGUUCUUUUAACUGCAUUCACAGGUACUGCAGCCUUUAACAUCUCUGGUAAAACACUGCACUGUCUUCUAAAGCUGCCAAGAAGCUUAAAGCCUCCAUAUCAAGGUCUGGGAAACAUUUUAGAUGAAAUCAGAGCAGAUCUUUCUAAUGCACACAUUUUAAUUAUUGAUGAAAUAUCGAUGGUGUCAAAGCAGUUAUUUGCCUAUGUAAACUGGAGACUUCAACAAAUUAAGGGAAAUCAGAAACCUUUUGGUGGUCUGUCUGUACUCUGUGUUGGUGAUUUUUACCAGCUUCCACCACUGGGAAGAGCAAAACCACUUUGUGUUUAUGAGGAGCAUGUGUUGGACUUCUGGAAAGAUCAUUUUCAAAUGAUAACGCUGACACAGAUAAUGAGACAGAGAGAGGAUCUUUCAUAUGCUGAACUUCUUAACCGUCUUAGAAUAAAACAGAAACACGAGAAGCUAACUGAUGCAGACAAAUGUAUGUUAGAAGCUGUCAUAAGAUCUGCCCCUGAAGAGUGUCCCUCUGAUGCUCUGCACAUCUAUGCAACUAAUAAAGAGGUAGAUAGUCACAACACAGCAGUCAUAUCGUCACGUUUUUCUGAAAUUAUCACAGUUUAUGCGAAUGAUUACAAAAAAGAUCCACGAACGGGUGAAAUGAAGCGCCAAGGUGUACCACUAAAAGGUGACAAACGUGAUCUUGUUGAUACACUACAGAUUGCUAUCGGUGUACGAGUAAUGCUUAUUAGAAAUAUUGAUGUAGAAGAUGGUCUGGUGAAUGGUACUUUUGGAAAGGUAGCAAAAAUAACAACUCUGAACCGAGAUGAUGUUCCGUUUGUGCACUUAAUUGGUUUGCAUUUGGAUGAUGUGAAUGCUGGACAAAAACAUCGUAACAAAGCACCUGGAGAUGACAAUAUUGUCUAUAUUGAGAGAUUAGAAGAACCACUAAAAAGAAAAGGAACAAUUCGUAGACAAUUUCCCAUGAAACUUGCUUUUGCUUGCACCAUACAUAAAGUGCAAGGAAUGACAACUGAUUGUGCCGUUGUAUCUCUGAAACAUGUAUUUGAACCUGGCAUGGCGUACGUUGCACUCAGCAGAACAACAACACUCAGCGGAUUGCACAUUAUCGAUUUUAAUGAAAAUAAAAUUUUCUGUGAUCCAGAAAUACGCACCUCCUUGGAGAGCAUGCCAAAAGCUGAUUUUCACAAUUUUCAGCCCAUCUUAGAUUUAUUGCAGGAUUCAAACCUAAAUUCAGCACUUAAAAUCAUUCACCAUAACACAGAAGGUCUUCAGUGUCACAUGGAUGAUUUAAAAUGCCACCAUGAACUUUUAUUGGCAGACAUAUUGUGUCUCAGUGAAACGCAUCUAUCUGGCUCCUGUGUUCCUGAAUAUCUCCAGCUGGAUGGAUACACCAUGUACAAGCGCAACAGGCAUUCAUCCUACACAAACUAUGCACAUUUAGCGAACAAGAGUGGUGGUGGUGUAGCCAUAUAUGUGAAGAACAUCUUUCAAGCUCGUCCUAUGAUGUAUAUCCAGAAUGUUACAGAUUUGGAAUAUCUGGUUUUGAAGAUAGAAACCCCCAAACAAGCACUUCUUGCAGUGAUCUACAGACCACCCAGUUACCAACUAUCAGAGUUUUUGCUCAAUCUCAAUGGCCUUUUGACUUCUCUGGAGAUUCUGAACAUCAAGCCUGUUAUAGUGUGUGGAGACUUCAAUGAAGAUCAGCUGUCCCGUUGCAACAAACCCAUUCUCAAUUUGUUUCAUGAUAAAGGAUACACACAACUCAUCAGCACCGGAACAACAGAAAACAACACUCUUCUUGAUCCUGUUUUCAUAAGCAGCGCACACUCAAAUGUAAGAGCAGGAGUUCUACAGACAUAUUACAGCUAUCAUGAUCCUGUGUAUUGUGUUUUAGAAUAGAUACAUCAAAUAUAGAAAAACUGCAUACGUCUUAUUAAGCUUUUUUGUAAUAUAGUUAGAUAACUUAUUGAAAUAAUAAUCAUAAUAAAUGCAAAUUAUACUAAGCUGUUCACAUUGUCUUCUUGUGUGCAUGUGUGUGUGAAUGUGUUAUUAUAGACUGUCUGUCUGUGUGUGUCUGUGUUUGAAUGUAUUAGAUAAAGAAUGAAUGGUGAGUGAAUGUCCUUUCCAAGGAUCGCCACCUUGACGUGGUGGAAAGGCUUGUGUGUACCAGUGAUCCCAAAAGUAAGCCAUUUUGGAGCAUUUUACACUCAAUGGCUGUGCUUAGGGGGAGGUUCCAGACUAAGGCGAUCCAAAACAUUAAUUUAAUAAAAUAUUAUGCUGUGUGGAAUUACUUGA